AUGCCGUCGUCUUCCUCCGCAGACGCACAGGGAGGAAACCGUUUCGAAUGUGUCUCGAGCUCGACAUCUCCUCGCCGAAAAACGCGACAAAAGACGAGGCUGCUUGUCUCCAGCCGCGACGCACCGCGGUGUCUGGCCCUCGCGAAGACGUCCUCUGUAUCCGAACGACACCCCAACCGCAUGUGCGGCGCGGGAAGAGCGGUCCUGGCAGGCGCAAAAGAAUGCGAUUCGGCAGAGAGAGGGAGAGACGAGACAAAAAACGAGGCGAAGGCGAGAGAAAAAGAACGCGUUUUCCUUUCUUGA